CGUAGUGGAAGGUUUUAGAUUAGCAUCUCAUGCUAUGUUUCCAGGGCUACAAAUAUUUAAUUUAUUUGCUGUUGAGUGCUGUGGUAGAAGUGAACUACAUAACCUGUUCCAUUACAUAACGUCUUGUGAAUAAGAGGAUAAAUUGCAGACCUUGCCCCCACUGUUGCCAUGGAGGCAGUUCUGAAGCCCAGCUCUGACCUCCCAGAAGACAUGCCUAAAAUCCGAGGCUACGACUUCAACCAGGGCGUUGAUCUCAAGGCGGUGCUGAAGUCCUACCUGACCACAGGCUUUCAGGCCAGCAGCUUGGCUCUGGCCAUCCAGGAGAUCAACCUAAUGAUAGAGAAACGCCUUGAACCGGUGGAAGUAGACGAAGAAAACGAGUAUGGAGAAUCCUGCAAAUCCUCCUGCAAGUCAGGCUGCACCAUCUUCCUGGGAUACACCUCCAACCUCAUCAGCUCUGGAGUGAGAGAGAGCAUCCGCUACCUGGCAGAGCAUAAAAUGGUGGAUGUGAUUGUCACCACAGCUGGAGGAAUUGAGGAGGAUUUGAUCAAGUGUCUGGCCCACACUUACUUGGGAGACUUUAGUCUCUCUGGCAAAGAGCUGCGUCUGAGAGGCAUCAACAGAAUAGGGAACCUUCUGGUGCCCAAUAAUAAUUACUGUAAGUUUGAAGACUGGCUGAUGCCCAUUCUGGAUCAAAUGUUACUGGAGCAAAACACACAGGGAACCCGGUGGACUCCCUCUAAAAUGAUCCAUCGGCUCGGCAAGGAGAUAAACAACACCGACUCUGUCUACUACUGGGCAUACGAGAAUAACAUCCCAGUGUUCAAUCCUGCUCUCACCGAUGGUUCUCUGGUCGACAUGAUCUACUUCCACUUGUUUAAGAACCCCGACUUGGUUUUGGACAUCGUAGAAGAUAUCCGGAGGCUGAAUGGUAUGGCGGUUUUUGCCAAGAAGACGGGAAUGAUCAUCUUGGGAGGAGGGUUGGUGAAACAUCAUAUAGCCAAAGCUAACCUCAUGAAGAACGGAGCUGACUACGCCGUGUACGUGAACACUGGUCAGGAGUUUGACGGUUCGGACUCGGGGGCCCGACCUGACGAGGCCAUAUCCUGGGGAAAGAUCAGAACAGAUGCUAAACCUGUUAAGGUGUAUACAGAUGCCUCUUUGGUUUUCCCUCUCAUCGAGGCCGAGACCUUCGCUCUACACGCCGACAAGCUGACAGCGGCACAGAAAGCAGAUUAAAAGUGAUCCUGCUGCUUGACAUGUCCGGAUAAACCGCCAUCCUGCUUUAUUCUCCUUAUUUGUUUUUCCAAAUGAAUGCUUAGGUGAUAUUGUGAUAUGCUGCUUUUCAGACUGCACUUAAUCUAAAUAGGUGUUUACAUUUUGAGGCAAAGACCUAUUUCAAGGCUUUCCUUGACUUUUAGUUGUUUAAAGUAGUUUUUUUCCCUUUGCUUUUAAGACAGUUGAAAUGGCAUGCAUGUAAUGCUAUUACAUGUACCAAUACAUUUGAUUUUAACUGUAGGCUCUGAGAGUGUGCCCUGGAGGGCGGGAGGCUUCACAUGUUGCAGGAUAGCUGUAGCGUCACACUCAAUGCACGGAUGCUAUUAAUAGUAUGGCCAUAUUGAUUCCUAGUUUUAAUGUGUAGAUGGCUCAUUUUAUUGUCUUUGUUCCUGGGUGGAAGAUGCUCCUGCAUAGUUUCACAAAUCAGGAAAAGUAUUUCAUUUUGACAGUUUAAAGGUUUUAGUGGACUUGUAUAAAAUGCUUUUUUUUUUUUUGGAUGUCUGAUCUGUGUGAGAAAGCCACUGAAGCGCUACAAUGGGACACUGAGUUGCACAUGAAUAGGUUUGUGAAUAGUAUAUAGAAGAGAAACCUUACAGAGAAUGUUCUUUACCUUUGGAAUAUUUAAAGGAGCAAUUCAGUUGGGAAACUGUCUAAAAUGUACAAAGAAAUCAUAUGUUGUCAAUGCCAACAAGCUAUUUUACGCAUUUUAUCCUUAAAGUUAUGCACACAGAAAACUUUAAAGGUCAUACAUUCUUUCAUUCUGACAAAGUAAAGGAUUUCAGAUGAACCACUCUUUGCUUUAAUUCUUGUAUUUAUUUCUAAAUGUUCCAAUUGUUUUCAAUACUCUCACUGCACAGUCUUGCUGUGGUGAUAUGUACAUAUGUAGAAUGUUGUUUGUCUUGCUUAAAUAAACCAAGCCUCCCUUAAAAAACACAA